AUGCCACCUAUUAACCAUGCUGCCGUCUCAGUCGGCGUUGUCGCCCUCACGGUUGCCGUCGCAGCUGCUGUAGCAGUCUACGAAUCACCUGAACUACAGCGCAUGGCAAGCGACCUCCGACGUCGAAUUGCCAUCGCACUCCACGCUCUCGGCGACAGUAUUACCCCCGCAGAACGAGAGAAUCUUUUCAACAGGCCCGAGGAUGCCGAAGGAUUUUUACAAUCUCGAGGUUUCGGUGCCGAAGGAGAACCGGGUGUCGACGCUGACGAUGAAACCCGUCGAAGACAACGAGAAGAGAUAAUGUACUGGAAUGCCGUGCGCGAGGAAAAGAAAGAAAAGGAACGUAAAGACCCGGAGAAAGCAGACACUUCGCGCCGGCGGCCUUCGACGAGAGGUUCGAGUUUCGAUGACUUCAUGCAACAGGAUAACGCCGCCGAGAAGGGUGCCUUUGUUUUUCAAUCAGGAUCAGAGCCCCAAAAUACCGACGGUUUACUUCGACGACGUGGAGAAGGUGCCCGAGGUCUCGCCCAGUCUGUCUAUACGAAUCCCUUUACUGAUGAGCAUGGAAUCGACGAACACAUUACUUUCGAGAACAGCUUAGUAGACCCCGAAAAGGAUGAAAUCGAGUCGGAUAUUUACAGCGCUAGCACGCAACUUGGCGUUAAGAGCGAAACUUCACAACUUGCUAUUCUAUCACCAGCUCCUACUGACGUUAUCCCGCCGUUAAUCAGCAUUGAGAACCAGGCCCCGGCUACGCAAGCACAACCUGUCCAGACAUCCGAACGAGAAUUAGGCCCUGACGAAUUCAUGACUGCUGGACAAGAGGACAGAAACGAUGCGUACAGUUCUAUCCAGGCUUGGGCUCAUGACGCUUCAUCCGCCAGCUUCUAUUCGCCUCUACCAGUAUCACCUGCUGCGCCUCUUUCGGAUGCCGAGUUCUUGAGUGAAGGUGUUUUGACCCCAACAGACUCCGCUUCGCUAGCAGGGUCAGGUGAGGAUGUUGGAGACGAUGCUGUAUCUGCUAGAUCAUGGACUGAGGGCCGACAUUUCGAUGUUAUGAGCGAUGACGAUGGCAUGAUGACUCCUGCAAGCUGGACUGAAGUCGGAAGCGUUGUAAGCGAAAGUGAUGCUGGCGUAGCGCACGCAGCACAGCAUUAA